AUGUCUUCCCCAGAUUCCUCCAGCCCCACGUGGACACCAGGAGACUUCGAACACCCGAACCAGGAGUUACGCCGGUCGAUGAUUAUUGCCCUGGUGUUUGCUUACACGUUGUCGACUCUCUCCGUUGCUCUCAGGAUCCUGGCGAGGAAGGUGACUGGGAGUAGGCUUUUCAUGGACGACUACUUGAUUAUGGUUGCUCUGUUCUUUAAAUAUGCAUGCUCCAGUGGAGUCGUCGUUCUCCUGUUCAAUGGAAUGGGGUCACACAUCACAAUGAUCCCAGCGAAAAACCUCGUGGUUUACUUCCAACUCGGCUUUGCCAAUGCCUUUAUCUACACCGGCUGCAUCGCCUUCAUUAAAUACUCCAUUCUGGCACUGUACAGGCGACUCUUUGCAGUCCGACACAUGACAAUUGCAGUGAACAUCAUGUUUGGAUUCGUCACUCUCUGGGUUGUGGGUGUUUACGUUGCAGGUGCUCUUCUGUGUAUCCCCGUCAAAAGGUUCUGGGACCAGUCGGUUGAAGGAGCCUGCCUUGACCCAGCAAAAUUCUACUAUGGAAUCCAAAUCCCCAACAUCCUCUCCGACAUCAUUCUCUUGAUCAUGCCCAUGAGAGUCGUGUGGACAUUACCGAUCUCAAACGGCCAGAAAGCGCUUCUCUCUGGAGUAUUCCUCGUCGGUGGCUUAACCUUGAUUUUCGAUAUCUUCCGCCUCAAUGCCAUGAUCCGACUGGUUGAGCUAGGUCCUGAUAUUACCUAUAACCAAGUUCCCGUCAUCGUGUGGACCUGUAUCGAAGCAGCAGUCGGAAUCACGGCUGCUUGUCUCCCCAACCUCCGCCCUUUGUUCAAGUUGAGUCAUCGCAACUUCUGGUCUCAAAUUCGUGCCUCCAACAACGUAUCCGAGCUGUCCGACAGGACUCUUGUGGUCUCGAGCAAUCCUGGAGGCACUAUCACUUCCAACCAUAAGCAAAGUGUCUCCUAUGCGGUUCGGCAAACAUUUGAGAUGCCUCGAUAUGAAGACUACAAGGAUGAGAAGCCGAGGGAAAGCGUCUAG